AUGGCAGACCUUGCGACUCCGUCUGCAGCAGACAUGAGCACUUCCUCCACCACUCCCACAGCAUCCAAGACGAAGACAUCGGUUGUCAAGCCAGAAAAGCCCGAUGAGGAGCAAUAUAAGAAGGACCUUGCGCGCGUAGAGCGGGAGCAUGGCGCAUCUCAGGACACUCUUAAUGCUAUAAAAGCCAAGCUUGACCUCGCUCGCCCAAACAACAAGGAUUCCCCUUCGUCGAAGCGCCAACAGGAACUCCGAGCAGAGCUCGCUGAAAUCCGCCAGAAGCAGCAGGGAUUCAAGACCUCUAGGACCGGCAAGCUAGAACAGAUCAAGAAGCUAGACGAGCAAUUGAAGUCUCGGAUAAAUGAGCAGAAGGCUGCGCGAAGCAAAGUCAACUUCAAGAAUGUCGAGGAGAUCGAGGCCGAGAUCCAGCGCCUGCAGAAGCAAGUGGAUACGGGCACCAUGAAAUUGGUGGACGAGAAGAAAGCCCUAGCCGAGGUCUCGUCGCUGAACAAGCAGAAGAAGGGCUUCGCUGGGUUUGAGGCGGCGCAGAAAGGCAUUGAUGAUGUCAAGGCGAAGAUUGCCGAAAUCCGCAAGGAGAUGGACGAUCCUGAGGCGAGAGCUAUGAGUGACAAGUAUACCGCCAUCACCACGGAGCUGGAUCAGAUCAAGGCGGAACAGGACGAGGUCUACAAGAACCUGAACACUCUGCGCGACGAGCGGACCAAGGCCCAAGAAGACCAACAGAAGAAGUACAUGGCACUCAAGGAGAUCAAGGAUGCCUAUCACCAGGCGCGGCGGGCUUACCGAGACUACGAGCAAGAGGCGUACCGCCAGCGCAAGGACAGGCAGCGUGCAGAACGCGAGGCUUUCGAAGCUGGUAAGCGGAGACAGGUCGCGGACCAAAAGCUCGAGGAGGCUAGCGCACUUGCGUACUAUGACGAGAUCAUCACCGCCGAGGGUCUUAUCCGGUACUUCGACCCGUCAUCUGCACCUGCUAGAGCAGCCGCUGGUCCUGGACAAUUCGCCGCCUCAGCUCAACGUGAAGUGGACGACAGCGGCAUCAAGGGCACUAAGCUUUCACGCAAAGGCGAGGAGGAGGAAAACUACUUCGUUGGCACCGGUGGCAAGAAGGGGAAGAAGGGCCGGAAGAACCAGACCGCCUCACCGGCGUCCACCCCGGCCGAAGGUGGAAAGUUCCAACUCUCUAUCGACGUUAUCGAACAGCUCGCCAAGCUGAGUGUUGAGCCACCCAUGAACCAGUCCGACGUUCCGCCCGUUGUCGAGAAGCUAAAGGAGAAGCUGGACUACUGGAAGCAGAACCAGAAGAAGAAGACAGAAGAGAACAUCGCCAAGGCCCAAAAGGAAAUUGACCGUCUAGAAUCUGAUACAUCGGCCGGACCAUCGGACAGCGGCAGCAAGGAUACUUCUACCAAGCCUGCGGCGGCCAAUCAAUCUGUCAACGGCAACGCAUCUGCGACUGCUGAGUUGACACAGGAAAAAGAGGCCGAGGCUGACGUCGCCGAGGACAUGAAGAAGGCAAGCAUCGAAGACAAGGAAGAUGAAGCGGUAGAGGCAUAG